AUGAUACAUCUGACACAAUACUGACAGAAAGGCUCAAAUGGAUCACGACAAUAGUGAUGUAUUUUGGGAGCUUUGGCAGGGGUAUGUCAAUGUCGACUUUUGGUCCUACGUUGUUGGAUCUCAAAGACCAGCUUCAAGUUGAUAUCACACAGGUGUCUAUUGCAAUUACCAUGUUAGCUGCCGGGUUCCUGCUUGGCUCGGUUAUUAGCGGAUUCCUAGCCGAUCGCUACAAUCAAGCACUAGUCAUUGGGAUUUUUAUGACAAGCAGCAUGGGUCUUUUUAUUUCCAUACCUUUCUACCAAAACCUAGCGCCCUUUCUCGUGUGCUACGGAUUACUAGGAAUCAGUUUAUCGAUCAUUGAAAAUGUUAUGGUUGUGUUUUUGAUGGCAAUAUGGGAGAGAAAAUGUAGUCCAUUUGUGCAGUUUCAAUUUUUCGCAAGUGGUGUAGGAAGGUGCAUAUCCCCUCUCUUAGUAAACCUGUUCGUUACGCCAAGAACAUCUAGAUACUUCAGAAAUGAUACAACAUCUGUUAUCAGUUUUUGGAAUGAAAGCGCCUUAUUAACUUUGUCUAAUGGAACUGUAUCUCCAAUAAGAGAAAACGAAGUUCCAAUGAAGUCCGAUGUAAAAUAUGUUUUUGUAAUAAUAGGCGCAUAUUUAGGGGUUAUUGCUUUGCUUUUCUGUGGCAUCGGGAUCAAAUUAAGAACAGUACAUGCUGUAAAACAAGUUUCCAUCACCCCCGACAAUGAUGGGCCGAAGAUUCCAACUUGGACACAAAUGAGUAAUAAACUCUAUAGGAUCAAAAUGUUAAUCUUCGUCUUCUUGAUUUAUUUCACAAAUGCGGGCGUCCUCAUUACAAUGAGUGAACUUGUGACGACCUUUGCCAUUCAAGGUCUCCAUUGGACCAAGGAUCACGGAACAGUUAUAGCUUCGGUUUAUGGUGGUGCUGGUACUCUUUCAUGCAUUUUAGGUGUAUUUGCGACUAAGAUAUUGUCGCUAUCACAAAUUAAUUUAAUAAAGAUAUUGACAACUGUCUUGUCGAUGAUCAUCAUGGUAGCAUUCGUACAAUUACAUGCAUCUGUACUUUGGUUGACAGUUCUUGUAGCUGGAUUAUCACAUGGUGGCCUGAGUGCUACAAUAUACUCUUGGUUUCAAACCAACGUGAUGCAGGUAACUGGGAUAGUUGCGAGUAUUAGUGCCAUAGGAGGAUCGUUGAGUGCAAUGAGUGUGCCCUUAUUGACAGCUACUCUCAUGGAAAACGUGGACUUCAUGUAUUUUGCAUACAUGUUAUUGGGUAAUAUGGUGAUGGUUGGAGUUGUAGCCAUAUGCAUUUAUGUAGAUUAUAAAAAGCACACAAACAGACAAUUGUAAUAUUAUAAGUUUUUGAAUGAUUUGAAAUGUAAUACAGGA